UAUGCGAUUUGUAUUGUAUUUUGUCAUUAUUUUUUAGAGUAGAUCCCCUUCAGUUUGGAACCGUCCAUGUUUACAAACACUUUUGUUUAUUUUAUGAGAAGUACAGGCUGUUUGUCGAUUAUUGAUAAAACUAAGGGAAGAUUAAAGUAUGGAUUUAUCUAUUUGACCUAGUAAGUUUAAACUUUUACAAAAUGGCGACCAAGGGGUGUACAACAGACGCGUCGAAUGAAUUGUUUGACUUUAUAUGUUCUCCAUGCAACAAGAAAGACAGGAAUAGUGAGGCGAUGAAGUACUGUGUGGACUGUCAGGAGUAUCUGUGUGUACCUUGUGUUGAAAGUCACAAUAGUUUUUCUGUCCUAGCUGGACAUACCUUAGUUGAAAGGUCAAAGUUUGGAAAUGCAAAUAGAACAGACAACAAGAACUUACCGUCGGUGCCGACAGAGCGAUGCAAAGUUCACUCAUUGAAGCUCAUGGACAUGUACUGUGCUGAUCAUGAUUCGGUUGGAUGUCAUGUCUGCUUUACGAUCAAUCAUAAGCCAUGUCAAGAUAUCCACUACAUUCCCGAAUAUGUUGAAACGACUAAACAGGCUGAAAGUAUCAGAAAGAUAAAUGAUGAAAUGGACAAAGCAAUUUCCGAGAUGGAUAACUUGAUGAAAAAGAAACAAAAAGAUAUUGAAGAAAACAGGACAACAAAAGCUAACUUCUUAAAAGAAAUCACAGCAUUUAGGAUAGAAAUCAACGAAGCUUUAGAUCGACUGGAACAAGCUUCUGUCGCUGAAGUAGAAGGAAAAUGCAGUAAACAGGAUCAAGAAUUUCGAGAAGAAUUGAAGAAUAUACAGGAUACUCUCGAUAAACUUACUACAUGUAAAGCUGAAAUGGAAUCAUCACAGAGGAAUCCGUCGCAACAGUUUGUUAAUAUGAAGAUAGCCGAGAGUAUAAUAUCAGAUUUGAAAAAGGCCGGAUCACGAUCGACAGAUAAAGUGAAAGGUAGUAUGUUGUUUGAAAGAAAUUCAGAGAUAUUGCAUUUCCUUCAAAAGCAUGAAUUACUUGCAAAGAAGCCACUUCUAAAGAAGCACGGGCUCUACGAAGUUCAAAGCAAGCAAAGCUACAUUAUAAAGUUGAAUGACGAUGUCAAUACCUGUGGUAUUUGGUCUUCUUGUACACUUGACUCUGGUGAUAUUUUGUUAGCAGACUUUAGCAACAAGAAAAUAAAACUUUUUGACUGUGAAACAUAUCAAAUACGAAAUUCAAUGAAGGUGUCUGCCUUUCCUAAAUCUGUUUGCAAGAUAAGUAGUGUGGAAGCUGCGGUAAGUCUUAACAACCAAACAGUUCAGUUUGUGUCUACAAAGAAUCAGCUUCUGCCUACACGCUUACUGAAGGUUGAUUGUGAUUGUAGAGGAAUUGAUGUCAUAGAUGAUCAACUGGUGAUAAGUGAAGAAGGUAGGAAGGUAUAUAUAUAUACGAUGAAUGGAGAACGUGUGAAGGUCAUCGAGACAGACGGAUCAGGAAAUAGUAUAUUUAGUUAUAAUCGUGAAAUUUCCGUGAGUGACGACGGUAAAAUGAUAUACGUAGCUGAUAAAAAUCGAGGUCUUGUAACUCUCGAUAGAGACGGUGGUGUGUUGUGGAAAUUUUGUGGUCAAGAGCUGAAGAGCGCCUGGGGAGUGUGUACAGACGGAAACUGUAACGUAUUCCUCAGUGGUGAGUAUUCGAAAACUGUUGUACAACUAGGACCUGAUGGAAAGUUGCUUGGAGAAGUUGUCUCUAAAGCACAUGGCUUAAAUUAUCCAAGAGUUGUAAGCUUUGAUAGGAAAAACUUUAAACUCAUUGUCGCAGAUGAAAACGAGCUGAUUGUUUUUCACGUUGAAUAAACAUGAUUUGGUUUCAGGCAUAGUGAAACAGAUUUAAUGAAAUACAGACAUUGUGUAAAUUGAUUUACCUACUUUUUUGGCGUGUGUAAUGGUAUCUUUCAAUUCUAUAAUGGCAUUGCUACUCGGAUUUAAUUCUCAGAAUUUCUUGGAAGGAUUUAAAUCUAAUAAACUAAAGAUGAAGACAAUCUUAGUUCAUUUUUCAUGUAUAUGUGUAGCCUACAUUAUCUGACAAAUUAUAACGCAAUUACAAUUUCUGUUUGAAAUCUAUAUAACUCUGUGUUAGUAGAGCGUGUGAAUGUGAUUGUAUGUCUGUUGUAUUAUUUUGUCUGCUAAAUCAUUUUUCAUUGAAUGACUGCUCUCAGCACUCUUACUGCUUACAUACCGGGUAUUUAAAAGUAUGUUAUUUUUAUUUACAGAAACGGUAUCUAAUAUUGACACAAAAUCAAUUAAAAUAAAAACCAUGCAGCAUAGAAACUGUGUAGAUCUAGAUCUAAUUUUACUAACACCUCCUUUUUGUUUUCCACAAUAUUGUUCACUUUUAUACAAUAUGUCUUCCAUGCUAAAUAAUGUACACUCAAGGACUUUAAAAACGCAUCAUCUAUGCUUUUAGAAAAUUGGAUCCAAGAACAUUUUCGUUAUGCAUAUAGUUAUGAAAUAUGCAUAGAUCUAAUAGAUAAGGUAUUAAGGUGGUAUUUUUUUUCUGCGCUGAACGAAGCAUGACUACUUCUCAUCCAGCUCAUAUUCGGAUCAGUUUUAUUCUGAUGUAUUUUGAGUCGGUUGCCGGGAAAGAAAUAGAGAAUAAUAGGUUAGUGCCUUAGAUGAGAAAGUUUAUCUGGCGAGGUGGAGGAGGUUAUCGGGUGAGCCGGAGGCGAAUAAACUUUCUCCAUCUUAGGCACUAACCUAUUAUUCUAUUUAUCUUGUCAUUACUUCAUUUUCCGAUAUUUGGCAAUUUAUUUUACAAAAAUAAGUGUGCGACAACCGUUUUAAUGACGUCAUAUUCGUAAUGACGUAACUUAUAUAAUGACGUAAUCACCGACACAGUAAUGUGGUUACAAAUAAAAAGCGCAAUAACUUCUUCGUUUUUGGAUAAAAACUCAUUAUUUGACCACUCAUUUUCUUAGUUCGGACAUUUCCAACACAAUGGUGAUGGUUUCAAUGCAAAAUUUCUUAUGACAACAAUAUCGAUCAUAAGGUCACAUGAUCAACUGACCGUAUAUCACUGGUCACGUGUCAACUGACGGUAUAUCAAGAAAGAUAUACGGCACCCUGAUAUCGGGUCGAAAAUACUGCAAGUGACAGGAUAAUAUAAAAUAUCCGUUUUUAUUAUAUACCUAUAUAAAUUCUGGCAAAAUACAGUUUGUAUCUCACAAGUAAAUAAACACAGGCAAAAAAAUCCGUAUUGUACAUUUUGUAUUGUAUGUUGCUGGACUACUACUUUUUAUUUACUAUGCAUGACCUGACACAGUUCUAUAAAUAGCGCAAAUAAAAACUUCACUCAUUUCUAUUUAACAUCAGCAAACACUUAAGAUUUCGUUUGAUAACAAAACAACAAACAAAAAGAUGGAGGUAUAUAAUAAAAGUGUCUUUACAACAGUAGAUAGAUCUAGGAUUUCGUAUUCGGCUCUCGUGGAUUUUCCACUCGAGCCGAAUACAGCAUCCCAGAUCGAGUUAC